UGGCCGAGGGGUGCGGGGCGGCGGGGGGACCCCCGGGCCGACCGUAGGGCCGUCAUGGAAGCGCCGCGGCCGCCUCCGUCGGGCAGGGAGGCGCAGUCCGGGUGGGCCGCGGCGGCGCUGCUGGGCCGGGAGCGGCAGGCGCGCGAGCUCUGCCACGGCGUGAAGAGCCAGCCGUACGUCUGCGAGACGGGCCACUGCUGCGGCGAGACCGGCUGCUGCAUCUACUACUACGAGCUCUGGUGGUUCUGGCUGCUCUGGACGGUCCUGAUCCUGUUCAGUUGUUGCUGCGCCUACCGGCAUCGCCGCGCCAAGUUGCGCCUGCAGCAGCAGCAGCGGCAGCGCGAGAUCAACCUCAUUGCCUACCAGGGUGCCUGCAACCCCCCGCCGCCCUCCGCGGGGGACCUCCGAAUGCUGGCCUCCUUCAAGCUGCCGGCCUACGAUGAGGUGGUCCGGCGACCCGCCACGCCGCCACCCCCCUACAGCGCCGCCGUCCUCCUCCUCGGGGGCUCCGGCUCCCUGACGCUGACCGGCAGCUCCGAGAACUCCUCCAGCUGCUCCUGCGAGUCCAGCUGCUUGACCUCCCCCAGCAGCACCUCCCUUUCGGCCACCGAGGCCAGCAGCCCCAGCGAAGGGGAGGCCGAGGGCGACGGGGGCUGCGGCCGCCCCGCGGGGGACAGCUGGGAGCGGGCGGCCCCGCCGGGCGGUCCCCUGGCGGCCGCCCCCUCCAAGCACGCCCUCUUCUCCUCCAGCGUGGAGCUCUUCGAAAGCGACUCGCGGCGCCCCUCCGAUGGGGAGGAGGGGCCCGACGCCCGGGAAGAGAGUAGCCACGCGCGGCACCGGCGCCUGACGGGGGACUCCGGGAUCGAGGUGGGCCGGGCCCAAGACGAGGAAGAGGCUGCAGGGGAGGACAGCGAGGAGGAGGAGCAGCGUGCCCACUUGCUUGCCAAAGGGGCAGCCGGCUGUCAGCAGGGGAAGCCCUCUGAAGGGGGCGCAGAGGAGCUGCCCCCCUCACCGACGUUGCCUGUCCGAAGUGGGGCUCUUGUGCUUGGCUGCCCCACUCACCUUGGAGACUGAGCUCCAGGGCAGCCCGGCUGCCUGUUGAUCACUGUGGAGGAUUACCGCCUUACCCUCACUUCUCUGCCCAGCCACACAGACAUCUCCUUGGUCCUUUCCUGCUCUGCCAUUACUGCUCCGCUCCCUCCUUGGGACAGGAACCCAGAGCCCUUGGCAGCAGCUGGGGCCGAGCGGGGAGCUGCCUGCUGAAUCAUAACCGUAGUGAUAGCUCCGUACAUGUGUAUGUGUGGUUCCUGCUGUGCUCCAGCUUUGAUGUAAGGCAUGGCGUAGGUGAAGGCUCAGCCCCUCCCCAUUUCCAGGUUGCACUGGGGUUGGCUGUUUGCAUGAAGAGAUGGCUGUUGCCAACACCUGUUCUGCCCUGGGAGCGGGGAGCUGGCCUUCCCGUUGGCCAGUGUCCUGCCAGCACCUGGUAGCACUGUGUGCUUCUUAUUAAAUAGAUAUGGAAAAUCCUGA